AUGACAAUAUUGUACAUAAGUUGAGCGCGCACUAGUAGUAUUGUUUUAAAUAUUGUGUAUUUUAUUGUUUUGUUUUGAAUGACAGUGAUUAUGAAAUUUAUACAUACUUGCUACGACGAUUUCAAAAACAAUUCUACUUUAAUAACGUUUAUACAAUCAUAGACUCUGCAUAAUAUCACUUCAGCUUUAUAACUUGAAUUUAAAACUUGAACACGCAUUUACACUAUGGGACUGCUAUCGAUUUUACGCAAACUCCGAUCCAAUCCCGACAAAGAACUCCGUUUAUUGCUUCUAGGAUUGGACAACGCCGGAAAAACAACAAUUCUUCGUUCUCUAGCUAAUGAAGACAUAACUCAGGUAACGCCUACUCAAGGGUUCAAUAUCAAAAGUGUACACAGUGAAGGCUUUAAGCUGAACGUGUGGGACAUUGGAGGAGCAAGAAAAAUCCGUCCUUAUUGGCGUAAUUACUUUGAAAAUACUGAUGUUCUCAUAUAUGUAAUUGAUAGUGCAGAUACAAAUCGAUUGGAAGAGACUAGCCAAGAGUUAUCUGAACUUCUGACAGAGGAUAAACUGCGAGGUGUUCCAUUACUCAUUUAUGCCAAUAAACAAGACUUCUCUCGAUCCGUAAAUGCAUCUGACAUUGCUGAAUUGUUAGGACUACAUAAUGUUAAAGAUCGAGACUGGCAAAUACAAUCCUGUGUCGCUACUGACGGCAUAGGCAUUAAAGAAGGUUUAGAAUGGGCCUGCAAAAGUAUUAAAAAGAAAUAAUCGUCACUUGUAAAAUAGGAUAAAAAAAGAAGAUACACCAAUGUAAUGUAAUAGCAUAGAUGUUGAUUUUUUUUGUGUAUCACUUAUAUUUUAUUUG